ACAGAAGAAAAAACAUGAAUAACUAACCAGGCACGAGAGGUUAACGUCAAGUGAAUAUAGUGUCGUCUAAGAGACAUAAACCUCUGGAAUUGAAAACAAUAGCGGGAUUUUUGUCAGUGCUCUAUAGUUCAUCCAGGCUCCGAACCACAAAAGCCACAUAAGAUGAACGACGUCAAGUGUGGGAAGCUCUGCUACAGCGGUCAGAAAUGCCAGAAAAUCCCCGAAGCCCUGAUCAAGCUGUACGGCUCCAAAACGCAGAGCCUGGACCUCAGCUACAACGAUUUGGCCAGCCUGAAGGGCCUGGAAGGGUUCUUCGAAUUGAAGGAGCUUAUUUUGGACAACAACCAGCUGACAGAUUCGCUGGUACUGCCCUACAUGCCGCAACUGCACACGAUAUCGCUGAAUAAAAAUAAGAUACAAGACAUAGAAACACUUCUAUUGAAAAUAAAUCAGAACCUACCUAAUAUAACUUAUCUGAGUCUGCUGGGAAAUAAAGCUUGUCCAAAUGAAUUAUCUGGAGCAGAAAAUGAUGAAGAAGACUAUCAAAGAUACAGGUAUUAUGUCCUGUACCACCUGCCGAACCUGAAAUUCCUAGAUUCGAACAAGGUUCGCGAAUCUGAGAAAACCGAGGCUAAACGACGAGGAAAACUGAUGAACAUCAUAAGGCCGAAGGCCGCCAACGUCAAUGAGGCAGUAUUGAACGAUUCCAAUGCGAAUAUUUUCACGCCGUUGCCCAAAUCUAUUAGAGGUCCCGAAGACCAUAAAGGAGCGUAUGGUCGAUGUAGAUACCGUUACAGUGGAAAACAUUCUGAAGGCAACAGGUUCAUCUCCAAUAAUGAUUUAUAAAACUUACCAUACAAUAAUUAUGUCUACUCGAAUAAAUUAUUUUUCGAAACCUCAUAGUGCAUUAUUGAAUAAAGUAUUUUUACGAAAUUUGCAAUAGAUACUUACCGUUUCAUAAAAAUUUUCAGAAAAAGUAGCA